UCUCUUCUUGAUGCAAGCUGAUUUUUCUGGCUCCUCAGUUGACGAAAACGUCACCCCAAGAAACAUGGAAACAAAGGCAUUUUAAAAAGAGAUGUGAAUCUCUGUGAAAUUUAUUUGUGUUUGCACCAACCUGCUGAGUUUCACGCCAAACCAAUUGGGGACAACAAGCUCUGAACGAUCGAUCCUUGAGGGUUUCCUCACCAGCAUUCUGUGAUGAUAAACACAAGGACGUCCGCCCACCAGAAUCAACUGGCCGUGUACUGCCAGGUGACUGGAUCCUGACUUCACACCAUUGACAUCUGUGUGAAAAGGGAUCUAUGCCCAUUCUUUAAAAGCAUUCAUGAAUUAACCAGCACGUUUAGAAGCAAAGAGAAUUGAAAAGUGAAAGAGAAUUCGAUGUUGAGGACAAACUAAACGAGGCAAGACUGACUUUGCUGUUUAGCUCCUAAGAACUAAUGUAAUUGCCACGUUAAAAAGAAGAAAAUGAACCACAUCACAUGUACUGAUGAGCAGCACACCCUGGAACACUAUUUGUUUCCAAUUGUUUACAUCUUCGUGGUAAUAGUCAGCAUUCCAGCCAAUAUUGGAUCUCUCUGUGUGUCUUUUCUGCAGGCAAAGAAAGGAAAUGAAUUGGGAAUUUAUCUCUUCAGUUUGUCACUGUCCGAUCUGCUGUAUGCUCUCACUCUCCCUCUAUGGAUUCAUUACACUUGGAAUCAAGACAACUGGACUUUCUCUGCUGCCUUGUGCAAGGGAUGUGCUUUCUUCACAUACAUGAACUUUUACAGCAGCACAGCCUUCCUCACCUGCAUUGCUGUGGACCGGUACUUAGCAGUUGUCUACCCUCUGAAGUUCUUUUUCCUAAGAACAAGAAGAUUUGCGUUCAUGGUCAGCCUGUCCAUCUGGGUAGUAGAAACCAUCUUUAAUGCUGCCAUUUUGUGGGAAGAGGAGACAUUUAAAGAAUAUUGCGACACCAAUAAGUCUAAUUUUACUCUAUGCUAUGACAGAUACCCUUUGGCGGAGUGGCAAAUUAGGUUCAACUUAUUUAGGACGUGUACGGGCUAUGCUAUACCUUUGGUCAUCAUAAUGGUUUGCAACCAGAAAGUUUACCAAGCGGUGCAACAUAAUCAAGCCACGGAAAACAGUGAAAAGAAAAGAAUCAUAAAACUACUUGUUACUAUCACAUUGACUUUUGUCUUGUGCUUCACUCCCUUUCAUGUGAUGUUGCUGCUCCGCAGCAUUUUAGAGCGUAUAGUUAACGAAAAGUAUGGGAAGCAGACCUAUAAAAUGUAUAGAAUCACGGUUGCAUUAACGAGUUUAAAUUGUGUUGCUGAUCCAAUUCUGUAUUGUUUUAUAACUGAAACAGGAAGAUCCGAUAUGUGGAAUAUAUUAAAAUUCUGUACUGGGAAACUUAAUAGAUCACAAAGACAAAGAAAAAGCAUAUUUUCUAUGUCUACAAAAGAUACUGUGGAGUUAGACACCCUGGAAUAGAACCAAGGAAUUGUUUUAAGGUGCACAAUAUUAUAUCAUCAAGACUACAUUUUGAAAAGGAAACCUAGCAUGGAAUGGAACUAAGUUUUCCAACUGAGAGAAUAUUUUAAUAUCUUCUCCAGUGGGGAAAUAUUUUGAAAGUGCACUGUGCAGCUCCUUGGCUUUUAUUAAAUAAAUAUUAAACAAAAAUCUAAUAUCUCCUAAUUACUCGGAAUUGUUAUUGUUGAUGGCAAUUGUUUUUGUACCGAUGCUAUAAUCCCUUAGAGGUUAGUAAGAUAUGUAGGACUGUGUGUCUUUAAUUUGGUAACCUUUAUGUUUUUUUUAUUAUUUUCUCACUCUUUCUAUAGAUUUUAGGCCGUCAGCUAUAACUUCUCCCAACCAUAUGUCCUUGUCUCCAACAACCCCAACUACAAAAUACGUUUUCUAAUCUUCUCACUCAUUACUAAAUAUUUAUUGAGCCCA